AUGUCAUACAACUCACGUAUCGAAGUCAUUGGACGUCACCUUAGCACCGGCAACCAAGCCGACGAGGUCUUGUCUGCUUGCCCAACUGGCGCAUCUACAAAGUCUGGAGAUGAUGUUGUUAUUGUUGCACCAUUCCGUACUGCUAUUGCCAAGGCAAAGAGAGGAGGCUUCAAGGAGACCUCACCAGAUGAUAUGUUGGCACCAGUCAUUGCACACAUUCUAAAGGUCACCAAGGUGAACCCAGCUCUCAUUGGCGACGUUGUCAUGGGCUCAGUGCUGCCAAGAUCAUCACAGGGUGCCACCGAGAUCAGAGUUGCCUCUCUGAUCGGAGGUCUGCCCAAGGAGGUGCCAUGCAUGACAGUCAACAGACAGUGCUCAUCAGGUUUGCAAGCGAUUGCCAACUGUGCCGCCGCCGUCAAGGCUGGCCACUACGAGAUUGGUUUGGCCGGUGGUGUCGAGUCAAUGUCGCUCAACCCAAUGGCCUGGGAGGGUCAGUUCAACGAGGUUGCCAUGAACGACCCAGUGGCCAGCGGAUGCUACAAUACAAUGGGCCAGACAUCAGAGAACGUUGCAGAGCGCUUCAACAUCAGCAGAAAGGAGCAGGAUGAGUUCGCUGUCCUCUCGCACAAGAAGGCUGGCGCCGCCCAGAAGGCUGGCAAGUUUGUCGACGAGAUCGUUCCCGUCACCGUCAAGACUGAGGACGGAAAGACCGUCGUCAUCGACAAGGACGAGGGUAUCCGUGAGCAGACCACCCUUGCUGACCUCACCAAGUUGAAGCCAGCCUUCAAGGAGGGAGGUUCCACCACCGCCGGUAACGCCUCGCAGCUGUCCGAUGGUGCCGCCGCCUGUUUGGUCAUGAAGAGAUCGACCGCCCAGAAGUACGGUCUGGUGCCAGCUUUGAUCCUGCGCUCGUUCGUCGCCGUCGGUGUCGAGCCAGCCAUCAUGGGUGUUGGUCCCGCCGCCGCCAUCCCCGCCGCCAUCCAGAUGGCCGGCCUCAAGAUUGCCGACAUUGACGUCUUUGAGAUCAACGAGGCCUUUGCCUCGCAGGCCUACUACAGCAUCCAGCACCUGAAGAUCCCAAUGGAGAAGGUCAACCCCAACGGAGGUGGUAUUGCCCUCGGCCAUCCACUGGGCUGCACUGGUGCCCGUCAGACUGCCACCCUCUUCAACGAGCUCAAGCGUCGCAAUGCCAAGUUUGGCGUCGUCUCAAUGUGCAUUGGUACCGGUAUGGGUGCUGCUGCCGUCUACGAGAGAGACUGCUAA